GCCCCCAGAUGCUCCCCGGCAGCCUUUGGCAUCCUCCGCCCGUGCGCCGCGGUCCCCCGUGCCCUCGGGGGGAGAAGCUGGGCUUCUGCUGCCAGAGCCUCUCUGACCGCGCUGUCGGCACAGAAACACCGGCAGAGAGGACGGGUCAAAGGCAUGCCAGCUUUUCCAUGAUGCCUGGCCAGCCACAUCAGCCAUGACCUGGGAUAGGCACAAGAGGUAGUUUGGUCUUCUUAGCGAGCUCAGCCCGCAGCUCUGCCCCCUGAGGAGAGACCUCUGGAUGUGUUGAAGGAUGAGUGGGAUAAUUCCAACUCCUGCUGCUCCCUGGUGAGCUGGGACACCAAACUCGAACCGCUUUAGACCUGAAGUUGGACUUUACCUGCAGUCCUGCUCUUGGAAGGAAAUGUUGUCUCUCCUCUGUGACCACCCCUCAACUCUCAACGUCUUCCACUGAACAAUUGACUUUCCACGCUACGAGGCAAGGAUCAAAUGGGUUGAGGACAACUGGCCCUUCUUGGCUUUGGCAAAGAGGAUUCUUUGGUGCAUUUUUAAGUGCCAGGACAUGAAACAGUAAAUCCCUUCUUCCUGCACUCCUGCCUCCUGCAAGCCAGCCCCGACUGCGGUCCAAGCCAGCCAGUUAAAGGGUUAACCAUAGCUGGAUGCCUGAAUGGCUGCCUUACUGAUCCCACGGAGGAACAGAGGGAUGAGGACUCGCCUGGGCUGCCUGUCUCACAAAUCAGACUCAUAUAAUGAUUUCACAGCUAUUCUUCCGGACAAGCCCAACCGGGCUUUGAAAAGACUGUCAACAGAAGAAGCGACGAGAUGGGCAGAAUCUUUUGAUGUCCUUUUGUCCCAUAAAUAUGGGCUGGCAGCUUUCCGUGCUUUCCUGAAGACGGAGUUCAGCGAGGAGAACCUGGAGUUCUGGCUGGCCUGCGAGGAUUUCAAGAAGACGCGCUCGGCGGCCAAGCUGGCCUCCAAGGCCCAGCGCAUCUUCGAGGAGUUCAUCGACGUGCAGGCCCCUCGGGAGGUGAACAUAGACUUCCAGACUCGGGAGCUGACCAGAAGAAAUGUGCAGGAGCCCUCCCUCUCUUGCUUUGACCAAGCUCAGGGGAAGGUGCACAGCCUGAUGGAGAAAGACUCGUACCCCAGGUUCCUGAGAUCCAAAAUUUACACAGACCUGCUGUCUCAGACCCAGAGGAGGCUCAGCUAGAGCAGCCAUGGGGCCCUCAGAAACCACAACAGCCAAAACCCAUGUCUAAAUGUGAAACUUUCUUGGUGUUAAAAGCAGUGGGAACGGGAAAAGAGGGAGAAGGGGCAGAGGAAGCUUCCAGAGAGUGAUCCAGACGUGGUAUUAAGACUCUUUGGCUUUCUGUGCUUUUGGGUUUAUUUUUGGUUAGCAGUAGCACCUCGCAGUCGUUGCCUCUCUCUAGCACAAACCCAGAACCCUCUCGAGUCAUCUGUGGGCAAGGCAGGUUUCCUUUAAAAUUGCUGGGUUGGUUUGUGUGUAAAUAACACCUUUCCAUCCUCCCACACAUCUCCCUGUCUCUCACCUCUCCUUUGUGCUCAGAAGGGCCCCGAGGGCAGUUCUGACACUUGUGCAGCCACAUCCAGCCCACCUCUCCCAGGGGUCUGGACCCAGAGGCCGAGGGGAGGGAGAGAGGAGACAAAAGCACAGGAUUUAUUCCCUUUCCUGGAGUGGAAACCAUCAGCAAACUCAGCUCACCUCCCCAUUUUGUUUGCACACCUCAUGACGUGGCUGCCACCCCAUCACCGACCCUUUUCCUUCAGGGAUGGAGACUCGGAGUAUUCUCCACAGGACUGUGUGAAGAGCUGAGUUUUCCUCGUGAGGAAAGUCAUCCCAAAAGCUCUCACCAGGCCUGGGCAGUCAAGUUUUCUAAUGUGAAUGAUUGUUUUUCAUGGCUAUUAUUUAUUUGUGCGGUAUUUCAGUCUCAGGGCCCCAGUCGUCAUUCAGGCUCUGUUGUGCUGGGCACUGGACCAAAAGCUUGCACAAAGGGGCUCCUGGUGGAUCCUCAGGAAAGACCUGGAAAGAGUAGAGAGAAGGAAUGUCCCCUCUUCCCCUUGCUGAGGUGUAAGAAAAGCACAGCAGAUGGCAUUUUUCACUUGGUGCACGGCAAGGUGAAAAAAAUCACAUUUUUCUUAUUUUAUUACUGAUUACUGACUGUUCCUACUUACUGCCAGUCCACUGUGGGUUCAGAACUCCCCAAGACACACACCCUGCUGCAGGGUGCUUGCUUCCAGUGGGACACAGAGAGCAUGGAGCGAGCAGGAUGGGUGUGUGGGUGUGCAGAGGGGUGUGAGGUGCUCCUUGGCCCUAUUCCCAUAGGAUCCCAUCUCCUGGAUGGCAGGAGAAGGCUCUGUGCAGAUGUCAGGGGUGUAGCACCUCCUCUGUGCUGGGCAAUAAUUCCUACCAUCUGAUGGCCCCAUUUCCAUGGCACUGCUGCUCCAGCUUGGCAGAUUCUUGCAAUAUUUUUGAGGGGAGAAGCAGACAGCCUGUCUGUGGAUUUGAGCCGACAGAGCAGAGGUCUGUUUUCUUAAUUUAAUGAAGGCCUGGAAAGUGACCCCAUGGAUCUUUUCCUUCUCUCAGUCAUCCCCAGACCAGAGGCUGUCAAACCCUGCUCCAGCCAAGGGUGGUGGGUGGGUUUGAUACAUCAGAAAGCUGCUGAUAAAGACUUUGUGUGACAUGGUGUAAACGAGGUAGAAUGAACUCUAAAGCCAAGCACAAUGUGUUUGGAACAAGAUAAAAAAAAAAAGUCUGGCUGGAUAUUAAAAAUCACUGUCCAUUAAUUAAGCAGGAGACAGCUUUUUGAGGCUUUUUGCAAGGAUGAUGUGCAAGGCAGUAGGACAAGUAGGUUUAGGAUUAAGAAAGAGGUGGUAACCAUGCUGGGUUUAUUCUGGAGGUGUGCUCCUGCAAUCUUUAUGUUCAGCAGGGAAACCUGCCUCUUUCAGUGCCUGCUUGGUCAGCAGCAGAACCCUCUGUGGAAGGCAAAUCCCAUCUCCAGUUAAAUUUCCAUGAGGAAUGGCCAGGAAGAGCUGCAGUGACCUGGAAUUCCUGGCUGUCCUCUGGCCCUGCAAGGACCCCUGAGGACACUGUUGAGGCACAGGAGGCCCCUCAUGGGACACAAGGGACAGAAAGGUCUGCCCUUGGCAGUUUGACACAAACUUUUGCCACUUGCUCGAAAGUGGGAGAGGUGAGAGACCCCUGGAAGAUGCUCCAGGUUUGCCAUGAUUUCUCCAAGGACACCAGAUCAUGCAGGAGCUCAGUGUCCCAGAGAUUUAUGGCAAGCCAGGCACAGUGGAACAGGUCUGGGGAACCUGUGCAAGGAAUGGGUCACCAAAACUGAUGCCUUGGAGUGGCUGCCAAGACCACAGGCUGGACAGAGUUAAGAGGAUAAAGGAGAUAUUUAUUAAAGGCCUCCAACAGAUGCACCUUGGGCCCCUCACAGAGGCCACACCCAGCAUGGACAAUGGCCAUGAGUUUUUCAGAUAAUUAUAAUUUUGAUCCAUUUACAUAUCAGGGGUUAAUCCUCCAGUUACAACUUCAGGCAAUGCAGUCACAUUCCCCCAGUUUGCUCCCCCAUAAUUCACUUUUAUUUGUACUUUUCAGGGCCUGAGGCAGUGAGGUGCCUUUGGAUCACCCAAAGGGAUUGUUCUGUUUAACUAAAAUGUGAAGAGAGUUAACCACACUGUACAUGGAGUUCAGAGCUAUUCACCAGUACAGCAGUACAGGAUCUGGAAGACAUAAAAGCUAAAAUCUUAAAGCAUCAGCCUGUGGUCCCAGUUUUACCCAGUGACCCCACUCAGCCCCAAACAAUCAGAACAAGUGUUGCAGGUGGUGAAGAGAGGCCACCUUGUCUGGCCCUGCCUUCCUCCUUUCCCCCCUCCUCUUGCCUGCACGUGCAGAAAGCAUCCCAGAUCUGCCCAGGAUGCCCAGAGCCAGCAGCAGGAGGCUUAAGCAGUCAUGGCUUUCAAAGAGAAGGCAGAAGGCCAGACUCAAGGUACUUCUCUCCAGACAGACCUGAGUGGGCUUGGGUGGUGCUGACCUCUGGUGCCAGCUGAGGCACCCCAGACAAGGCUCUGCAGCACCCUGGGGAGGCUCACAGAGACAGCCAGGCCAGGGGACACAGCAGGAACCAGAUGUUUGUGUCGAGGAAUGGGAGUGGGGACAACCCCCAGGCUCUCCUGGUGGCUACAAAGCCUGGUCCUGCUCAGAUUCCUGUGACUCCAUCUCUCCACAAGGUCCUCCAGCAGCCUUGGUCCUUUCAUUUCACAUCAGAACUCACUUCAAAGUGGCCAACACCCUGUAAACCCAAGCUCCUUUCUCUCCUCCACCCACCUGGGGAAUUGCCUGGAGCAGGGCACACCUGGAGAUGCCAUUUCUGCCUGGAAUCAGGCUGGCUGGUGCAGGGGAAGUGUUUUCCCCAUUAAAUCGGUGCCAGGCAAGGCUCUCCAUUGGGAACAGCAUCCCAGAACACAGAGGGGAGCAAAAGUAUUGUCUGAGGCAUGUGAGUCUGCCAUGGUUAUUUUUGUUGCUGCUCUUGCAGUUUGUCUCUCUGGAAGGAAAGCAGACUAGUUAUUUAAAGUAAAAUUCUAUUUUUCUUAAACAAGAAAACGGCACCAGCUGCUUCUUUUAUGGAAAUGCCGUUCUGAAGUGAAUCAAAAUAAGCAGCUUGUAGCUCUACCCCUUAAACCAGGGGCUGAUCAAGGGAACAAUGACUGAGCCAAAGCUUUGGAAAGAGCUGAGUGGUGACUAAUCCUCACCAAGGGCAAAUAUCCUAUCCUUGAUUCAUCUCUUUCUGGUGUGAAAGGGAUAUUCACAACCCACAAACCCAUUUCCCCUCUCCACAAGCACACACCCCCAAAAUUUUCCUCCUGUUAAAGUGUUAAAGUGUGCCAUCACAUGAAGAGUGGGGAAAAAAAAUUGGUUCACACAGUUCUUUUUAUUCUGUUUGCUGGCACAUAUCCAGUCAGCUCCCAGGUAGUUUGAUGGCAGAAGGGAAAAAGAGUUUACAAAUUUCCUUUCCAUUUUCUAUGAGCUUCAGGUGGUGUUAACUCCAGGAUCAGACGCAGAACUCUGACCUGUCUAAAGUUUCUCCUGCUUUGGUCCAUCAGCCAGGCUUGGGAUGAUUUCCAUCACUUUUAGGGGACUCAUUAAUGCACCAAGGGGUCUCUGUUGUCCGUGCUGGGGAGGUGUGAAGGGCAAAGCCUUGCCAGUCUAAGCAGGGGAGGGGGAAGUUGCUGUGUGUGUCUGGGGGUGUGGGUGGAUGAGAGUGCAUGUGACUUCAUCUGUAUCUUAUUUAGUGUCCUCUACUAGAGCAGCUUUUCUGAGACAUAGAUGUGCAUGUUAAAAUAGGAGAAUUAGGCAUAAAUGACAUAAACUGAGAUCUUUAGCCAGUGUUGUGUUUGCCUCGUGUAUAAGUCUGAGUAGUAGUAAGAGACGUAAAACUCUGCUAGGCUUCCAGUUACCCCUAAGAGCACAUGUAUCAAACUGAACUGAAUGUUCACUGAUAGACACAAAACCAAAAUGUUUACAGCAUUCAGAGCAAUAGCAAAGCAUACCUCAUGCCAGUCCUGGAGUGCCUCUCACCCCUCAGUGCAAGCUCUCCCCUCCCUGGAGGCCUCUGGCUUCUCCCUCCAAACUCCUCUCUCCUUCUCUGUCCCAUCCUGGUUGUCUUCCCUCCUCUUCCUCCUCCUUGAAGCACUCCAAACCUUCCUGUCCACCAGCACUGUUUGUCCUCAUUUGUCUGAGCCUGGGACUGCCCUAACCUCCCCCAGUUUGCCUCUCCUCCAUCCCCAUCCAUCCAUCCCUCCUCUCCUCUUUGCCUUUCCCUUCCCCAGACAUGUCUCUGGUCAUGCCAUCUCCCUCCCACACGCCUCCUACUGCCACUGUAAAGCGCCUACGAGCUCUUCCUUGCCUGUUAUAUAAGAACAAAACGUUUCACAUCAUUUCUGCAUUAUCUUUCAUCCCUGGGGCUGCUGCAGUUGUCUCCUUCCUUGGUGCUGUGCUCUCUCUCCGCCAUCGUAGCAUUAUAUCCCAGAACUGGAAUUAAAGUUCAUUUUGCUGCUAGACCAGAAUGCUUCUCUCUCCCACGAACCCCUUGGGCUUUGCAGAGGCUCAUCCUGUCCCCAAGUCUUUUGUCUUCCUUCUUUUUUCUCCUCCUUCCAUGCACGCUGCACAUGCAGUGCUUGUGGCAGGGGCUGGCUAGGGUAGAGGGCGGCCGUGCCGGGGUCACUCCCAGCUGGGCACCCCCGUGGCCCUCUGGUUUAUAAAAAUAGUCUCAAUAAAGGUGUGUGGGUUGUAUUUGCUCGUCAAAGUCAGUCAUUGUGCUCUGUGCCUCCUCCUGGCUUUACAGGAGGAUGUGUCUCUAAUCUGGGACUGCGGUGAACUCAGCGGGAGUUCAGGGAACUGAGGCCGUGGGAGGGAGGUGGCAGAGGGGGAUGAGCUUGUCACCAAAAACAUCCACCAUUCCUGGCAAAAAGACACAGGAGAAAAGGCAGUGCCUGCUUCUGGAGGGAGCAGGGAGCUUUGGGGACCAGCUGUGCUGUGAAUUGUUUGUCUCAAGUGGCCCCACACCUCCCCAGUUUGCCUCACGUGCUGCGUGCCCCAGGCUGGCUCUGAAACACGAUGAGGAGCUGCUCAGCUUUGCAUUUCCAGUGUAGAUAACAUCCUGAGAGAAAUGUCUUCAUGUUGCUCUGUCAGUGCCUGCAGCCACCAGCUGGAAAAAGCAGUGAGGGGAAGGAAGAACCUUCUGCUGGUUUUACUCCUGACCUCUGUGGGACUCCUGGCAAGGAGGAGAGCAGGGUACAAGCACACCCUGGGGUAGAUCCCCCUUCCUUAAGAACCACAACUGAAGAUCUCAUCUUCUUAUAACCUCUCCCCCCAGUCCCUCUAUGAAUUACCCAAAUCAGAGCUCAGAUUUGUCCUUAAGCUCCUUGGCACCUCCACUGUGUGUGCCCUUGAUGACCUGACUGCAAGCCCAAGCGCCCAGUAAGGCUGCUCAAAACAACAAAGAUGUCUUGUUCCUCUGGAAAUGAACUCGUGGGUGGCUCAGUGAACUCAGAAGUGAGCCACCAGGUAAAUGGAGCAGCUCCAAAGUGCUUCCCUCUGCCACGUUUUUAUUUCCAUGAGAUGCUGCUGCUGUCGCCUUGGCGGUGUCCGGGCGCUGCUGCCGUGGGGAGACACCAGCAGGAGCACUUUGGGCAGGCCACAGGCUGCUCAGUCUGACCCUUUCCCACUCAGGGGAAGGCAUGGGCUGGGCUCCCCAGGUUCCCCCUGCAUCAGCUGCUUGUUUGUUCCCUUCCCUGGGAGGCUGGAGGAGCUCCUCAGCCACACCAGCAAUCCCACUGGUGUUGAUACCCAGAGUCUCAUCACCACGUUGUGCAGUGUGACCCCUGCUCUGUACAGACACCCUGAGGAUGUAAUAAACAGCCUGAGACUA